AUGGCUGGCAACUAUCUCUUCUACGUCCAAGAGUCCCUGAAGGAGGAGAUGCAGGCUCGGUAUGCAGAGGGGGAGAGCACGAUGACGCGCUGCCCCUUCGGUACCAUGACACCCAGCGAUGGAGAAGUUGACCUGCGGCAGUGCGAGAAGAGAAGCUCGCCCACGGUUUCCUACCUACUGGAGAGCUUGGACAUGAUCGUGCAGAGGAUCAACCCGGUGGACACAGCAGCUUCGCCCAAGAAGUGGGUCAAAUCAGCAGGCGAUCCGGAAAUCAACGAAGGGGAGUUCCGGCCCGUCUACGGAGCCACUGCCGGAAGUGUGACCCUGGUCACCUUCGACGUGCGGCACUUGCCCCAAGAG